AUGAUGAAACUUGCUAAUGGAAGCUGUGAUAGCCCCACACUACUGUGGGCUGGAGAUUCCACUGUAGCAAUGGCACUGAAGGAAACGGUUGUCCGCUUUUGGGAUAUAAAUCAAUCAGACAAUUAUUACUUAACGCCUGAAUGUUGUAAAACAGAUAGAAGUGCAAAAAUCACAACUAUUGCAUUUGAUAAUAAUUCAGCUGCUGGCCUUAGUAAUGGAAUCAUCGCCUUUUGGCGGCGCCUUGAUGAACUAUCUAUAGCUUUCGAUCCAUCUUUCGAUAUACCCAGUAAAAAACAUGAAUCACUGGAAGUCUCCGCUAUCAAGCGGGCACUAACACCAGCUAGCAACUUUGCAGAGGAUGCUGAUCCAACUAUUAUUUGGCAAGCUUUGCCUCACUUUGAACUUGUUCAUUCUCAGGAUAUUGGGCUCUCAAGCCCAGCAUCAAUCAAGGCUCUUUCAUGGAAUUCUAAAACGGGGGUUUUAGCAGCUUCAAUUUCCAAUCUAUAUCCAAGCAUAGUUAUUUUAACACGACAUGCCUCAUUUUCCCACUUUGGUGGAUCAGGAAAUGCAAUCAUUCAAUCCGGCCCACACGCGCUUGUUGUGAUAACACCUAAAGGAAAUGUGUCAGAUAGCACCGCUGCUACCCUUAAUUCAGAUAUUGACUUAAUGAGUCCAUCUGGUGCAUUUAGUAAUAUUGCAAUUGGAGGUGGUACUACUUCUAAUAUUUUAUCUAGCUACGAGCUUAUUGAAAGAGAGUUGGUGACGAAAGGUCAAAUACACGCCGCAUUUUGCACUAAAGUAAUCAACGUUUCAUAUUUAAAACAUAAAAAUGCACUGGCUUACGCUACUAAGAUGCAAUUUUAA